UCUAGUAGCGUUGCGACAGAGACGGAGAACUCAAACGACAUGAACGUAGAAAAUAAUAAUACGGCAGAAACUGUGAGCGAGCAAACGGAUCACGGCAACAACAUCGUCACAAUUCAAACAACUCUCGGAGAUGAAGAUGAAGAUGUCCACAAGUGCGGACGCUGCCAGUCCGAGUUUUGUACGCUGGAGGCAUUCAUCCAGCACAAGCUUCAGCAGAACUGCACGCGGGCACAGAAACCCCAGGUGCCCGUCAAUAAACCCCGAGAUGACAACCAAGAGGUUUUUGCCCCAGAUGGAACCUCUGCUACCUUGACAAGAAUGGAUGGAAGUGGACUGUCUUCAGAUGAACCAGACAAGUCCAACAACAACGGUGAGGUAGAAGUAGAAGGCCACUCCUCUCGAAGUCGCAGGAAGAGGGGUGGCACAGGGAAGGCUACUGUCCAAACAGAGGGGACCGAGGCCCACAGCCCUGACGGUGCAGACAAGCCAGUCUACAGGGUCAACAAAGAUGGACGCUACAUUUGCCAAAUAUGUGAGAAGACAUUCAAAACGACAAACAUCCUGAGAACCCAUAUGAUAACCCACAGCGAGAAUAAGAAUUUCCCCUGCGAGCUCUGUGGGAGUGCCUUCCGCACCAAAGGCUCCCUGAUUCGUCACAACCGCCGUCACACAGACGAGCGCCCGUACCACUGUAACCUGUGUGGGCUCUCCUUCAGGGAGUCAGGGGCUCUGACAAGACAUCUCAAGUCCAUCACCCCAUGCACUGAGAAGAUCCAGUACAAGGAGAUCAUUGUCAGCAAGGACGGACAGCAGAAAGGAGUAGAGGCAGAGGCCGCCUCAUUGGCUGCUCAGCAGGAAGUGGAGCAGCAGGAGGAAGAGGAAGCGCAGGCGGCAGUGGUCAGCGUGGUAGAGACUGACAGCGGAGGACAGGAAGUCAUCCACGAGGUCCACUUCCACAUGGAGGUAGAGGGAGAAGGGCAGGAACAGCAGGUGAUCUUGGACCAGGCUCAGGCAGAUGCCCUGGUGGCCGAGGGGGACAACCUCAUCUGCCAGGCCAUCAUCAACUCUGGCAUCUUCAUCACUGAGGAGGUGGAGGAGGCCGAGGAGCAGGCACUGGACGGGAUGCCUAAAGAGGUCCUGCAGGUCAGGGACAUGGAGGGCAGGAUGACAGAGAUCCAGGUGAUGGAGGAGUGUGUGGAGAUGGAGGCUGAGGAGAUGGUGGACAUAUCUGACAAGCAGGAGGAUCUGCCGCCGUCUAAAAGUCACAAGUGUCCUCACUGCAGUCGCUCCUUUAAGGCGCUCAACUACCUCCGCUUCCAUGUCAAAGGUCACCUCGGCUGCAAGCCCUUCAAGUGUGUGAUGUGUCAGAAAGAGUUCCUGACAGGCUACCUGUUGAAGAAGCACAUGGAGGUCCACCUGAGUGAGAGGCGGUAUAAGUGUGGUGAGUGCGGCAAGCUGUACAAGACCAUCGGACACGUCCGGGAACACAUGAGGGCCCACUCUGAGGAACGGCCGUACAACUGCAACAGCUGUGACAAGGGAUACAAGACCAGGAAUGCCUUGCAGGUGCACCAGCGGACGCAUGCCCAGGAGAAGCCGUACGUGUGCCAGUUCUGCUCGCGGGGCUUCAGGGAGAAGGGCUCUCUAGUGCGCCACAUCCGCCAUCACACCGGAGAGAAGCCCUUCAAGUGCCACAAGUGUGGGCGGGGCUUCGCCGAGCAUGGCACCCUCAACCGCCAUUUACGUGCCAAAGGUGGCUGUUAUGCUGGCAAGAAGGAGGGGUCUGGGGAGGAAGGCAUGCUGGUCUCAGAGGAGCAGGUUUCUGCAGACAGCCUGGCCACAGCAGCCAUCAUGUCAGACGACCCCCAUGCUGUGCUGGUGGAGUUCUCCUCUGUGGUGGCUGACACCCAGGAAUACAUCAUUAGGGCCCCAGGAGUCGAGGAGGAGGAGGAGGAGGGGCAGGGCGAGGAGGUGACUCUCAUCCAAGACAACCAGAAUCAGAUGGGCAACCACAUCAUGAAGGUGGUGCAGCAGAUCGUCAACCAAUCACGUGGUGGCAUCGGCGGCCACCAAAUCAUUGUGCGCAAUGUCUCCAUGGACGAGGGCACAUCCAUCUCCGACUGUGGCGACACCAUUACCAUAGCGACGCCUGAGAACCUGACCGCGCAGGUCGCCAUGACCCUGGCCUCAGCCAUCAGCGACGGAACCCUUCUGGCAGGAGGUGGCGCACUGGAAACGCCCGAUGGCACGGUCACCAUGGUAACAACAUCGGGGGGCGAGGACAUGGUCGAGGUGAUGGAACAGCAGCAGGAGGAGGAGUUUGUUAUUACGUCAUCUGAGGAGGUGGAGAUCCAGACAGUCAUUAUAUGAUUGAUUUGUGUUAUGAAGUGUCUUAUGAGAACUCAGGACUUUGCAUGAGUUAUGAAUACGGUGUGUUUUUAUAAGAACAGAAUGUCUUAUGAAGAGUUUCUUAUGAGAACUCAGGACUUUGAAUGGAAACACUGGUCUAUGUUUGAGGAGUUAUCUUGUAUUAUGGACAGUUUGCAUGAGAACUGUCGUUGUAUUAGGUUGAAAGAUUCUGUUUGUAUACAGUUUGACAUUUUAUUUGACAGUAUUAGUCCAUUUCUAUUGGGUAAGGAUUGCAAUCAAUUGUUGGUAGAGUUAUGUCUUAAGUCACUAAGUAAGGAGGACUGAAGUGUAAGUUUUACUUGGACAGGACUGGAGCUGCCUUCAUUUUAGUACAGUUAACUGUAAUGCCAUUGGUUGUCAACACUGCACAACCAAUCACAUGGUAUGAACAGUAAGCUUAUAGCGAGGUCACAGGAGCUCAAGUACUUACCUUUGCCUUGAUAGUCUCAAAAGCCCUAGAAUGUUCACUGUUUCUGUUACACUUAGACAUUACACCAGGAGAUGUCAACUCUAUAAAAUACCCCCCCCUUAAUUAAAACAAUUAUACUACCUAAUGACUGGAGUUGUUUACCUUGGACAGAUUCAUUAUAAAAUAUUCUGUUAUGCUUGUCCAUAGACUUAAAAUGCUUUAGUGAUUGUUCGUGAGAGUCUCUGGAUUGUAUUCAUUAGGGCAUACCAUAUUAAAACGUUUGGCAACGGAAAAAACUAAAUAAGCAUUUCUUAUUAGCCAAUUUCUACUCUUGGUUGCCCAGUGAAUAUGACUGAUCUGAUGCUGUUGGACUGUACAGCUGAUAUGUGUCUCCAUUACACAUCACCCUUACAGUAGACGGACAGACGCCUCACUACUGCCAAAUGCUGUGAUCUAUUACUUGACUGGCUCCGUUUGCGUGGAAUGAAUAAAUGCUACUUUCAGUACAA